GGUUUUCAUUGAUUACUGUCUUCAUCACCUGCGCAAUUCAUUGCUGGGUCGUAUUUGUUUGAAAGGGCCCACGCCCACACAUCAUCUCCUACCCUUGUCGAUACGUACAGUCGCUUCCAAAUAUUUUCGUCAUGGAUUCGAAUGUGUCUUCACGGAGGCCAUCGAUCUCGGAGCACCGUUCAUCUGGGUCUGCGAGAUGGUCCACCCCGUAUGAUUCCCGUCGCAUAACCCAAAAAAUUGACGAGGACACUAAGUUUAGAGCUAUUAUUAAGCAUCUACACGGGAAAGCAUGUUCUAUGCAUUGGAUGAUUUCAGGCCCAGUGCCACGAGGUGCCUGCAUGGGAGUUCUGAUCCGGAAAUCUGGCGGAGAGUACGCAACUGAGCCCGAGCCCGUGGAUCAAGAGCUUUACGAUGCUGUCAAGAAGAUCAAUCCCGCUGUCGCAUUGACAAUGUCGACCGAGGGAACCGGCGCCGUCUUCGAUGUCAUCGACCCUGGAGAAUCCAUGCUGCUUUUCGGAAACGGCUCCCAAAUUCAGAUAUACGACUCAAUGGCAGAAAUCGCAUCCUCGAGUGCCAUCAGAAAAUUCCAGUACGCUGCCUUGGUUCGUCAAGAAAGGAUCCUACUUGUCUGGCACGACGACCUCGGGCUUAUUCUAUCACACGCAAUGGAAGUUGAAUCCAGGAUGCUGGCUCUAAUUUGGGGAACAGGUACCUCUCCAUUUGGCAUCGGCACCAACCCAUUUUCGACAGGUGUAAACUCCCACAGGGCUUCCGAAAUGGACCUAGUUACAGAGAAAGGGCUAGCUGAAGUCUCUGUUGAGGAAGUCAGCAAAACUGCGACUGACAUUGAGUCUGGGGUUCGUGAAUCGCUCGCUCGACCUCUCAUCUUCACUAGCUCUAUCUUUGUCGGUAUGGCUGCGUUUGCCAUCCUCGUUUUAGUAGUCGGUCUUGGCAACAGGGCUUUGGUCCUCCAGACUAUGACCGAUAAAUUCUGGAUGCGUCUCGCUCUUGUGGCUACAGAACCCAUCUUCCUUCUCUUCGGCUUGUUCUUCGUCAUCGUAGUGUUCGGAAAUGUUUUCCAAGCCAUCGGUCCCAUUACUUCCGUAAAAACCAAUUCACGCUUCUACUCUGCGAUCAAGCCGAGCUUAUCGCAAGCGAGGAGCAUUGGGUUCCAACCGCCGCCGAUCACCAUCCAGAUGCCCAUCUAUACCGAAUCCCUAAAGGGUGUAAUCGAGCCAACGGUUCGGAGUUUGAAGGCCGCCAUUUCUUACUAUGAGUCGCAUGGUGGGACUGCACGCAUCUUCAUGAACGAUGAUGGCAUGGCACUUAGGAGCGAGGAUGAGAACCGGGAGUUUCUCAAUUUUUACCACGACAACAACAUUGGAUGGGUCGCGCGCCCCAAGCACAACCAUGAUGGCUUCAUCCGAAAGGGAAAGUUCAAGAAAGCCUCCAACAUGAACUUUGCGCUGAAUGUCUCAAACAAGGUCGAAGACACUCUCCAAAGCCUUAUCGAUGCCCGGUAUCCCAGCGAGGAAGCCAUCACCGAAGACCAAGAGGCUUUGCUGUACCAGGAAGCUCUCCAAACUGUGCUGGCUGCCGAUUCACGUGCCAAGGCUGGUGGGAACAUUCGCAUGGGCGAAAUCAUCUUGAUCGUCGACUCUGAUACCCGUGUUCCGGAAGACUGUCUUAUGUAUGGCGCUGCUGAGAUGUUCCUCUCACCAGAGGUCGCCAUCGUCCAGCAUUCUACCGGUGUCAUGCAGGUCUCUGGGGAUUAUUUUGAGAAUGCUAUCACCUUCUUUACCAACCUAGUGUAUACCGCCAUUCGAUUCUCCGUCGGUAGCGGCGAGGUAGGCCCUUUCGUCGGUCACAACGCUUUCCUCCGAUGGCAGGCUGUUCAAUCGGUGGGAGUCCAUGAGGAUGGCGGAUAUGUUGCUUUCUGGUCCGAGAGCCAUGUCUCUGAGGAUUUCGAUAUCGCCCUACGUUUGCAGGUUACGGGAAAUGUUGUCCGCUUAGCCAGCUACCAUGGCGAUGGAUUCAAGGAAGGUGUGUCGCUAACCAUCUAUGACGAACUCAAUCGUUGGGAAAAAUACGCAUACGGCUGCAAUGAAUUGGUUUUCAACCCCAUCCACACUUGGUUGUGGAGAGGUCCAUUCACAAAGCUCUUCCGCAUCUUUCUUUUUUCAAAUAUGCAACUUUCCUCCAAGCUGACCAUCGUCGGGUACAUCUCAUCAUAUUAUGCUCUAGCAUCAUCGGUUCCUUUCGGCAUUGUGAACUAUUUCUUGAUUGGUUGGUUCAACGGCGACCUCGACAAGUUUUACGUUGAAUCCUGGAAGAUUUUCGUCUCGCUCAUUCUUGUUUUCAACCUCAUGUCCAAUGUCUGUCUUGCUGUGAUGCGCUACCGUCUUGGCGACAUGAGCCUGUGGUCAUCCCUUUUAGAAAACUUUAAGUGGAUGCCGCUCUUCGUCAUCUUCUUUGGUGGUCUUUCGUUUCACCUUAGUCUCGCCAUUUUGGCGCACAUGUUCAGUAUCGACAUGAGCUGGGGUGCCACCGCAAAAGAGAAGGACGACUCCAACUUUUUCAAGGAGUUACCCCGCAUUUGGCACCGAUUCAAAUGGAUGUACAUGCUCAUGAUUCCCCUCGUGGGCGCCAUGAUCUAUCUCGGAUGUUUCGCGCCGCAUGGCUGGGAUAUUCAGGGUUUUACAGCCACGGUCCCGAUGGCGACGAUUGUUAUUGGGCAUAUGUUGUUGCCGUUUGCAUUGAACCCUUCGCUGAUGGUGUUCAAUUAUUAGAAUAUGAUUUGAAUUAGACGGCACUCUAGACUGGAACUGGGCGUGUGGCUUUUCUUCACUCUGCUCUUUGCAAAAUUUCAAUGGUAAGUAUGAAGUGCGGGAGUUUAGUCUUUGGGGUAUGGAGUCAUAUAUU